CGACGUUCAGUGCGAGUUGGAUUGCCGUUGGCUACGUGCGACGCCGCUUGGUGUUUCCCGAUAUUUUAUAAUUUUUUUAAUUACCGCGUCUUUCGUCGCGUUCGUGUUCCUUUGUUUGCUUGUGUCUAAAACUCUCUGCAUGUAAACCAUCAAGACGUUUUCUCGAUAUUUUUAGCAAGAAUAUAAAGUUCGUGUGUGACGUAUAUUAAGAUAUAUGUAGUAUAUAUAGUGCGUGAGUGUAUUUAUGUGAAUAUAUUGAUGGCACCUUGAGCCACACCUAACCACAGCCAAAAUGUGUGCAUGCUGCGAUCGCAAAAUAAGUGCGUAGGGAGUCAUGAGCACGCCCACGCCCACUCCGGGGGCGGUUCUGGGCCAACAGGUUCCACUGCCCCAUGAAUUGACCGCCGAGUGGACGGUGCGAGCACAUCUCACUUUUGCCCGAGCUGGUGAGCCGGUGCAUAAGGAGUUUAGUGCUCCGGAGGCUGUGCAUCCAAUGCGCGUAGUCUACAAGUGGUGCACGCCAUGCGAGGAACCCGAAACCGAGCAGGAUGUGGACAAGACAGCAGCCACCGCGGGAACCAGUUUCCGUUCCACCAACUCCUCGGCCACCACCAAUGCAGAUUCUGCCUUUGGCAGUCCACAUGCAUCCAGGGCUCUGAACAAACCAUCCGUGGCAACUGAAACUGCUGCUGCUCCUCCUGGAGCUACUGCCCAAGUGUGUGGAACUCGCUGUCGGAGUACCUGCAACAUAAUGGUGUCCGCUGUGGCAGAUUUUCUGCCCCAAGAAGCAGGAACCGGGACAGUCAAUGAACCCUUUGUUUACCACAGCAAAGUGAGAGCCCAGCAGCUAAGGGAUGCCUUCUCGCAAACGAGCGAUACAGAGGAGCAUUCAGCUAAGAAGCGGCCAGCUUAUGAGCAACGAAGGGCCACUACCGAAGCACUGAUGAAUUUUGCCAGCAAGCGGCAGGCGGAGGAGGCUAACACUUAUGUGCCAACCUACUCGCCCACGCCCACGACGCCCUCGUCUACAUUUAAAUCGGCUUCGAUGUCAAGGAUACCACCGCUAGCUGGAAACUUAAGCCAAGGAGCUGUACCCAGAAUACCAAACUUGGGAGAGAAGAAACCUCGCACUGUUCACAUUGAUGUUUACUGCACGGGUUCAGAGGGAGAUGAGGAAGAGGAGGCGGAUGAUGAGAGGCAGGCAGAUGAAGAGGCCUCUAGCUCCUCCGAUUCCGAGUUGGCUGGCAGCAAGCGCUACGAACUGGACUCGAAUUCAACCCCGCAAACAGUCCUUGAUAAUGAACAGAUGCUGCUGCGCCAUCAAAGAAUCUCUGGGGGAGCUAUGCCCCGGCGUUUGGCUCAAAAUCAGGCGAAGAAUCAAGUAGGAAACCAACAACAAGACGAUUUAAAUCUGGGUCAUGCCAUUACAAAAUGCAGCACAGCCGAGGAAGUGUGCGAGUCCAAGCAGUUGCUAUUCCGCAAACACAUUGGCGAUCAGCGGGCGGCCAAGUUGGCUAAUCUGCGCCAGAAAUAUAUGCGCCAGCCCAGCGAUGAGACCAUCAGUAGUACUUACCCCAACUCCUCGAGAUCUACGAUGCCAAGGGAUGCCACGUGCAGCAGCAUUUCCAGUGUCAUGGGUGGAACCGAUUGCGUGGAUUCCUCGUGGAAAGAAACCGAGGAACUGGAUACGCCGUUAGAGUCAUUUGGUUUGGCCAAAUCCGAUAGCUUUGAGUAUGAGAACUCGCUUGAUCGCCUGCGAAUUAGCCAGAUGGAGCGUCUUUGGUCCCGCCAGCACUCGUUGGACCAGAGUCACAUGCAAACCCACCUGGGAGCACCAUCACCACAUCCCCUGCAAACAAUUACGGAGGUGCAGUCGCAACGUAGUUCGUUCCAACGCAGCGAUACCAUCCCCUCGGAAUCAGAUGGCUUUUCGGAUGCCAAUGGAUUUAAUACCUAUCCAGGGAGGCAAUCGCAGUUGCAGCAGAUAUCGCAUUUCCCGCGUAAUCGUCCUGGUUUUCUGCAGUUCUUUGGACCCACUGGCGGACCAGUUGGUGUUACUCAACCAACGCCGCCAGCCACGGCACCCGUUCAACCCGCUGCGGCCACUACGGAUCCGUUUCGCCUUCUCCAUCCGAGCUUCCGAUGGAAGAGCGAGGCGCGCGACAACCUUAGCGUGCAGGUGGCAUCCGGAUCGCCUUCCUCGGAACGUAGCUCCCCGCAACUCUUGUCGGCUGCAACCACAGUGGUGCGUUGCGGCAGUGAGGCGCCACCGAGCACCACUUCGGCCAGUACUUUUGGGAACACAGUGACGCCUUCGCCGCUGCCAGCGCGUCGUUUCGAAAUUUCACGUGACAGCCCAAGCCUUGCAAGUGAAACUUCCACUUCCGUUUCCGGUUACACUCACGAGCAUUUGGAGAAGGCUCGCCGCUUUGGCAGCGUGGUGGCCAUGAGAAAGCCGGGCCAUCAUGUAGGUCCCACCAAGAAUCCGAAUUGCCUGUGUGAAAGCUGCCAACGUUGGUUGGCUGAAAGGUUUCAACUUCGCGGUAGAGCCUUCUCUCUGGGCGAAAAGCCCUUAAUCAGGCGACCACAAUAAUAUAAACAUAAUGGAACCCUUUUUGAUUUAUUUUUCUUUGUCUAAGGCUUGCAUUUAACAUAUUGCUUUUCAGAUUGUCAUUGUCCUAAUUAACCCAAACCUGAACCCACACCAUUUUUCUUUCGAUUAGUUGUAAGCCAUGUAAGCGAAUGUUCCUCACACAGAAACACAAGUUGUGCGCUGAAUCAAUGUAAUGUUGUAAUAAAGUAAAACAAUAGUUUUAAAUACAAAA